AUGGCGUCUGCUGCUCCUGGUGCCAACCACAGCCGCAGGGAUGUCGCCGCUUCUGCAUCUUCUGCUGCUGCUGCUGCUGCUUCCGCAAGCAGCACGGGCUCAGGAGGGCCAGCAGUGUCGGAGGCAGUUAUUGUGGGUGGAGGGUUGGCCGGCCUCGCAUUGGCUAUCGGCCUUCGGAACAUUGGGAUUGACGCACAGGUGUACGAGGCGCGCAAGGAGGUGGGAGGGGGGGAGGGCACCAUCAUCUCUCUCUUUCCCAACGGGCUUAGGGCGCUCAACCGAAUCGACCCUGCCAUCGUGCCCCAGCUGAUUCCUCUGGGAGUGACAGACCCCGCCAGCUUCCUCCUCUCGCCUUCAGGAGACAUGAUCGCCCCGUGGGGCUACAGUGCCACCAUGACCCCCCGCUUCGGCCUGCCCAUGCUCUCCAUCCGCUGGCGCGACGUGCUGGACGUGCUGCGCGGGAUGCUGCCGAACGACGCCGUACACACUGGUCACCGCCUCGUGAAGGUCACGCAGAGGGAGGAGCCUGGAAGGAAUGGGGAGGAGUCCGGUGCGGUGGAGAGGGAUGGCGUGGCAGAGGGGGGAGGCAUGGUGGAGUGCUUUUUCUCCACUGUUUCGUGUGGCAACGAGCAUCUCGUGCGCGUGGAGACCCCGCUGCUGCUGGGGGCAGACGGCAUUCACUCGGAGGCACGGAAGCAGCUGCUGGGCGAGGGAGUGAAUGGGAUGGGUGGGGCAGCAGGCGAGGGAGUGGGUCCGCGGGAUAACGGCAGAACCAUCUGGAGGGCCAUCAUCGACAGCAGCCUCUGCCCGCACCCACUCCUCAAGCCUCGCCACAUCCUGGCCAUGGUGGGUCCCGGCCGCACAGCAACCAUCUCUGACGCCGCAGCAGGCAGGCUCUACUGGGCCUUCACGCUCGUCGAUUCCGCCGAUCCGACGGUCAGCAGCGCGCGGUCCAGUGGGGGGGAAAAGGCGCAAGGGAAGAUCCUGCGGGCGUUUGAGGGGUGGGAUGUGGUGACUCAGCUCGCGCUCGCCACUCCGCCCAACCUCAUUCUUGAGCGCCGCGUGCUCGACCUCCCGUCCCUGCCCUUCUGGGUCAAAGGGAGGACGGCUCUCCUGGGAGAUGCGGCGCAUGCAGUGACGCCAGCGUUAGGGCAGGGGGCCAAUCUGGCGUUUGAGGAUGCGGCUCAGCUGGUGGAGUGCCUCCGGGCACACUCGCUUGUCAGUGACGCCUUGCAAUCCUUCCAGUCCAUCCGCAUGCCUCGUGUGCAAGCCGUGGUCUCACAGAACGUCGCAUCGUCCAAGAAGAUCUACGAGGAUAAAGAAGAAGAGGACACAGAGAGGGAUAGCAGCAAGGGAACUGAGGCAGCAGCAGGUGCAACGGCGGCAGGAAAGGGAGGGGGAGAAGAGUCUGAGUUCUAUGAUUACCUGUACUCCUAUGAUACACUUCCCCUUGAGGGUUCCAACUGA